GUCCCAUCCUGCCCCGCGCUGACGCUCACGGCGCCAGAGCAAGAUGGCCGACACUGCGUCCACAGCCGGGGCCGGCGGCUCUGGAACGAGAUCGGGAAGUAAACAGUCCACUAACCCUGCUGAUAACUACUAUCUGGCCCGGAGGAGAACCUUGCAAGUCGUGGUGAGCUCCUUGCUGACAGAGGCAGGAUUUGAGAGUGCUGAGAAAGCUUCGGUGGAAACCCUGACCGAGAUGCUGCAAAGCUAUAUUUCAGAAAUUGGGAGGAGUGCCAAGUCGUACUGCGAGCACACGGCCAGGACCCAGCCCACGCUGUCGGAUAUCGUGGUCACGCUGGUCGAGAUGGGUUUCAACGUGGACACUCUCCCUGCGUAUGCAAAGCGGUCUCAGAGGAUGGUCAUCACUGCUCCUCCGGUGACCAAUCAGCCGGUGACCCCCAAGGCUCUCACAGCAGGGCAGAACCGACCCCACCCGCCACAUAUCCCCAGCCACUUCCCAGAGUUCCCCGACCCCCACACCUACAUCAAAACCCCGACGUACCGGGAGCCCGUGUCCGACUACCAGGUCCUGCGGGAGAAGGCUGCAUCCCAGAGGCGCGACGUGGAGCGGGCGCUCACACGCUUCAUGGCCAAGACAGGGGAGACCCAGAGCCUCUUCAAAGAUGAUGUCAGCACCUUCCCACUGAUUGCCGCCCGGCCCUUCACCAUCCCCUACCUGACAGCCCUUCUGCCCUCGGAGCUGGAGAUGCAGCAGAUGGAAGAGACAGACUCCUCGGAGCAGGAUGAGCAGCCGGACACAGAGAACCUGGCCCUGCACCUGAGCACGGAUGAGUCUGGGGCGGAGAAGGAGAACACAUCCGUCCUGCAGCAGAAUCCCUCCUUGGCAGGCAGCCGGAACGGGGAGGACACCGUCAUCGACAACCCCUACCUGCGCCCUGUGAAGAAACCCAAGAUCCGCAGGAAGAAGUCCCUGUCCUGAGCUAAGGAGCAGGCCUGGCUGCAGAGAGACACAGAUGGGACACAGACUCCACCCUCCGGGUUGACGCUACUGCAGGGAAGAAGCGGAUUCCCUCCGGCAGCUGAGCAGAGGCAGGAUGGGGUCAGGCAGGGUUUUAUAGCAAACCUCACAUUGAGAUGCUGGUUUUCACCAGGGACUGGAAGUCUGGGGACUUCAUUACUAUCACAGAACUGGAUUCGUUUGAAACCCGAGGAGCAGGCAUAGUGCCUGGCAGGACAGAGUUCCUGGCUGCUUUGCUUUCUGCCAGGAAAUCUUUCCCUACCAUGCUUGGGCUCCAGGGUCCCUCUUUGACUCUCAAAACAGUUGCGGCACCAGUGUGACACCCUGGAGCCUCACCAGUUAACACAGCUUCUCUCCAGAGCUGCGGGCACUCUGGGGAGCUGCUGGAGAGUCCCUGUGCCUUGUGGUGUUGGGUGCAGGAGGCCACAUCACAGCUUUGGCACUGGCUGGAGUCGGGCGCCACAGGCAGAUGUGUUAAAGUGGCGAACAGUGACAGGAUAGGGCAGCACUCCUCCAGGCGGGGACAUCCUGAGAGAUUGUCCCUUACCGUCCCUCCAUGGCAUGUGUGCUAGGGAAUUGCUAGCACCUGUUCCUCCGGACAUUUCCCUCACACCAGCUGGCACAUGGGCACCUUGUUCUGUGACAUUAAGAAGAAAAUAGCGGAAGACUUUAUAGAACAGGAAGGGAAGUUACAGGCCAGGCUAGCGCUGUGCGGCUGGGCCUGGCCUCGUGUGUGAAGCCCAGGAGCCUGGCUGCCCUGCGGGAGGCUGCUGUGGGCAGGAGUGGCCAGAGCCUUCAGGCUCAGCCAGGACUUCUGCCUGACGCAGGUCGAUCUCGCAGCAUCUUCGCUUCCUGAUACACCCUACAAACCGGAGAACAAGGGUUAGGGGUGGUGUCCCUUGGCUGGUCUGUAAGGAAGCAGUUUUACAACCAGGUCCAUAGAGGAAGAGUGCCAUGUGCCUAGAAGUUAGCCUGGUUCAGGGCUGGCAAGACAGCUCAGUGGACUACAAGCCUGUUUAGGGAAGCACAGGGGCCCGG